GUAUGCUUGGGGGGACAAUGACCAUGGCCAACAGGGCAAUGGCACGACCACAGUUAACAGAAAGCCCACCCUGGUGCAGGGCCUGGAGGGCCAGAAGAUCACUCGAGUGGCUUGUGGGUCCUCACAUAGUGUAGCCUGGACGACAGUGGACGUAGCCACGCCCUCUGUCCACGAACCUGUCCUCUUCCAGACGGAAGAGACCCGCCGGGUGCUUCCUACUUAGGUGUGCCUUCAGAUGCUGAUUCUUCUUCUGCCAGCAAUAAGAUAAAUGGUGCAAAUAACUGUAAGCCCAAUCGCCCUUCUCUUGCCAAGAUCCUCCUGUCGCUGGAAGGAAACCUGGCUAAGCAGCAGGCCUUAUCACACAUUCUUACCGCACUGCAGAUCAUGUAUGCCAGAGAUGCGGUGGUUGGAGCCCUGUUGCCAGCCGGCAUGCUCGCCCCAGUGGAAUGCCCCUCCUUCUCCUCCUCAGCACCUGCUUCUGAUGCAUCGGCAAUGGCCAGCCCCAUGAACAUAGAGGAAGGCAUGCUGGCUGCUGAUCUUGAGGACAGACUGAGUCCAAAUCUAUGGCAAGAAAAGAGAGGGAUUGUCUCCUCUAAGGAUGCUGUGACCCCCUCUGCGGUGACACCAUCUGCUCCCUCGGCCUCAUCUCGGCCAUUUAUCCCAGUGACAGAUGACCCAGGAGCUGCCAGCAUCAUUGCAGAAACCAUGACCAAAACCAAAGAGGAUGUUGAAAGCCAAAGUAAAACAUCAGGUCCAGAGCCCCAGUCUUUGGAUGAGUUCACCAGUCUGCUGAUCGCUGAUGACACCCGGGUGGCCGUGGACCUGCUCAAGCUGUCAGUCUGCAGCAGGGCUGGAGACAGCGGCAGGGACGUGCUCUCGGCUGUGCUGUCGGGCAUGGACACCGCCUACCCACAGGUGGCAGACAUGUUGUUGGAGCUCUGUGUAACUGAGUUAGAAGAUGUGGCUACAGAUUCACAGAGUGGCCGUCUUUCCUCCCAGCCUGUAGUGGUAGAGAGUAGCCAUCCCUAUACAGAUGACACUUCCACCAAUGGCACGGUGAAGAUACCAGUUUGCUAUCUAGGGAAACUGUCUACGAGAAAGGCAGGAUACAGUGUGGAGCUGCACGUGGAUGAUGUGAGCGACAUCUGCACGAAGGGCGGGGACGUCAACUUUGUGUUCACUGGCUUCUCUGUGAAUGGAAAGGUCCUCAGCAAAGGGCAGCCCCGGGGGCCUGCAGGAGUUCAGGUGUCCCUGAGAAGCACAGGCACUGAUGCAAAGGUCCAGUUCACAGUCACACAGCCUGGCGGAAAGUUUGCAUUUUUUAAAGUUCUUCCUGGAGAUUAUGAAAUCCUUGCAACCCAUCCGACCUGGGCUCUGAAGGAGGCAAGUACCACGGUGAGGGUGACGAACUCCAAUGCUCAUGCAGCCGGCCCCCUUUUAGUGGCUGGCUAUAAUGUGUCUGGCUCUGUCCGCAGUGACGGGGAGCCCAUGAAAGGGGUGAAGUUUCUUCUCUUUUCUUCUUUAGUAAACAAAGAGGAUGUCCUGGGCUGCAAUGUGUCCCCGGUGUCCGGGUUCCAGCAUCCAGAUGAGAGCCUGGUUUAUCUGUGCCAUGCGGUCUCCAAAGAAGACUGCUCGUUUUCUUUCUAUUCCUUGCCGAGUGGGGGCUGCACUGUGGUGCCCUUCUACAGAGGAGAGAGGAUCACCUUCGAUGUGGCACCUUCCAGGCUUGACUUCACUGUGGAGCACGACAGCCUGAGACUCGAGCCCGUGUUCCAUGUCAUGGGCUUCUCUGUCACUGGGCGGGUCUUGAACGGACCUGAAGGAGAAGGUGUUCCAGAGGCUGUGGUCACCCUGAACAACCAGAUUAAAGUCAGAACAAAAGCUGACGGCUCCUUCCGCCUAGAGAACAUAACGACAGGGACGUACACCAUCCAUGCUCAGAAGGAGCAUCUCUACUUUGAGAUGGUCACCAUCAAAAUUGCACCCAACACUCCGCAGCUGGCAGACCUCAUUGCUACUGGGUGUUCGGCUGCCGCGCUGGCAUUUUCUCCUGGACACGGAGAGAGUGCGGAGUGCGGCUGCCAAGAGCGGAGCCCAGCAGUCCUGAUUCUCUGAGUCGUGAAGAAG